AUGGAGAAAUUAAUUCCUCCUCAGAACGGGAUCUUGGGGAGUGCACCACAAGCAAAUUUUGAUGAUUCGAAUAGCUCAGAGGGUACUGGUAACCGCUCUUCAACUCAGGAGCGACCAGAAGCACCGUUGGGAAGGAACCAUCAUGGGGCAAGGUUUGAGAUACCAUACUUUGAGGGAGUAGAUCCAUGCUCCUGGUUGAGAAAAGUGACCGGUACUUUCAGUACAAUGGCAUCAAGGAUAAUUUCCAAAAACUUGAGGCAGCAGUGCUCCAUCUCUCAGGCAAGGCAGAAGCCUGGUUCUUCUCCUACCAAGAGAUUCGAGGAUGCAGAUAACAGUAGGCUCAAUUUGGUGAGAGAAUUUAAAAAGUUAGAGCAAACAGGAACAGUAAAUGAGUAUUUGGAGAAAUUUGAGGACUUGAAAACCUGGGUCCUAAUCAGAAAUCCCACCAUACCAGAGGAAUUCUUUCUAGAGUUCUUCAUCGAAGGACUGGUGGAUGACAUCAGGAAUACCGUGAGGUUGCUUAAUCCUUACAACUUUGCUCAAGCUGUGGAGAAGGCAAGACAUCAGGAGAAGGUUAUCAAUGGGUGGAAUAAGAAGAACAAAGCUCCAUGGAGUGGGAUGAGAGUGAACAAUCAGCCCUAUAGUUACAGCGACAAUCACAACACCAACACUACCAGACCAGCAGGGAAUUGGUCUAAGGAAGGACAACCUAGUGCAGGUGGGACAGUACAAAAGAAGACUCACAAUUUGUGCUAUAAGUGUGGUGACAAAUGGUUUCAAGGCCACCAGUGCCAAAAUAAGCAAUUAAAUGCAAUGUCAGCUGCUAUGGAACAGGAAGAAAUGGGGCCUAUGGAGCUUACAACAGAAGAUGCACCCAUCAUGGAGAACUAUUUGAAUGAGGAAGUGAUAGAAGAGGCUAUCAGCCUUAAUGCACUCUCAGGGUGUGAAGUACUAAAUACCAUUAGGCUUAAUGGCACAGCCAAAAAGCAGGUCCUAACUAUACUACUUGACUCAGGAAGCACACACAGCUUCCUUGACAUGGAAAUUGCUAAAGCAAUUGGGUGUGUAAUAAAAGAAGAUAGACCCAUGAGGGUCAUUGUAGCUAAUGGAGGGAUACUCAUGAGUCUCUUUUCAUUCCCUAGGUUGAAGUGGAAGAUUCAAGGGGUGGAAUUUGAAGACUCCGUUAGGCUGAUUAGAUUAGUGGGGUCUGAUAUGGUUCUAGGUGGAGAUUGGAUGAGAGCACACAAUCCAGUGUUGUUGGAUUUUAUAGCCUACAAGGCAAAGGUGACACACAAUGGUAGGAGAGUGGAGUUGAAAGGUAUCUACCAUCAAUCAGUGCUCCAAAGCAUGUCGGGCAGCCACAUCAAACAAUUAAUCAGAAAAAGGAAAGAUAUUUGGGGACAACUGUUCAUUAUAUCUGCAAAAGAAAUAGGGGAUAAACAGGAGAAUUUACCUGCUAACAUCCAAGAGAUCAAGGACAUGUUAAGCAGUGGCACAAUUCAAUCUAGUCACUCACCCUUCUCUUCCCCUGUUCUGCUGGUCAAAAAAAAGGAUGGGAGCUGGAGGUUUUGUAUUGACUAUAGGGCACUUAACAGCAUGACUAUCAAAGACAAGUUCCCUAUACCAUUGGUAGAUGAUCUAUUGGAUGAAUUACAUGGUUCAUCCGUGUUUUCCAAAAUUGAUUUAAGGGCGGGGUAUCACCAGAUAAGGAUGCAUGAAGGUGACAUCUAUAAAACAACAUUUAGAACCCAUUUAGGUCACUAUGAGUUUAAGGUCAUGCCUUUUGGGUUGACUAAUGCACCUGCUACCUUCCAAAGUUUAAUGAACCAUGUGUUUCAAGAGUAUUUAAGGCAGUUUGUACUAGUCUUCUUUGACGAUAUUCUAGUAUACAGCCCUGACAUUCAAACCCACGCCUGGUACCUUCAAAAGGUUCUAGAGGUACUGCGAAAAGAGACAUUAUUUGCUAAAAGAUCUAAGUGCUCAUUCUGCCAACCUCAAGUGGAAUACUUAGGGCACAUCAUCAAGGGAGAAGGAGUGGCAACUGAUCCCUCUAAGAUUGUUGCUAUGGUGGAAUGGCCAAUUCCUAAAUCUAUUAGGUCCUUAAGGGGAUUUCUGGGUAUUUAA